AUGAGUUCUCCCAACUCUUCCCCGCCAGAUGCAAAUUUCCGGAAACGCUCCGUCGCGCGUUCUUACUCCAGUGAACUGGGUACCGUCAGUGAAUCUGGCGAAGAAGAAGAUUGCUUGUGUACGGGCACGUAUUUAUCAGAUAUGAACGAGAAUUCUGUGUUCGAUCGUUCGUAUCCAGGUCAACCUAUUCUUGAUACAAGUUCGACAUUAUCAGGAGCACCAAUGCAAAGUAUUCAGACAACGCCAUGUCCUCGAGAAGUCAUAAAAACAAAAAUACGAUACCAUUUCAUGAAUCCAUUUCAGAAAUUUCGAGCAAGGCGCAGAAAACCUUGGAAGUUGGUAGUUCAGAUUGUGAAAAUUGCCCUUGUUACUCUUCAGGUGAGUAUCAAAUAUUCUUUAUUCCCAUCUCCUAGCGGUUUUAUUAUGCAUGCGUUUUUUUUUAUUAUUGUUAUUAUUUUUAACAACGUAACUUAAAAAGUUUAUUUGCUUGCGUAUAAAGAGGUUUGUCUAACGUUUAAUAUUGAACAGAUUUUUUUGAAAGCGUUUGAGCGGACGACGAACGGAUAGGACCGUGUUGCCGUUCACAUGACUACAGUCGACCCUCAACUCUAUUGUCCCAAGGGUGACCAACGUCAGUUUUCUCCUAACAAUAAUCAAUACAUCAUGAAAAGAAUAGGUCAUGGGAGAUGUAAAAAAUAAAUUGUCCAACGAGGGAAAUUCUUUAAUAUAAUUUUAAUCAAAUAGAUGUAUGGACAUCAGUCUGGAGAAUUUGUGUAGAUAUUGAGGUAUGAAGUUUUAAGACAGACAUUCCCCCAAAAAAGACACCUAAAAUCUCCUGUCAGGUAUCCCGAUCUCACUAUAUGAGCGCAUGGUAAGUUAUACAUGUUGUAUACCCCCAUGAUUUAGGAUCAUGUGUCUCAUAGGGGUUGUUAACCGAUGUAUCGGCCGACAUCGUCUCAGUCAACUGUCUGUUGACAUAUAAUUUGAUCGAUAUUUCAGUCAGAUGUCGGUCGCAAUUUGGUCGAGUCUCAACCAAUGUGUGGCCCGUGGUCGCCCACUUUAGUUCAUCAAUCAAUAGUCAUCGCUACUUCAUCAACAAGUCACUGGCAUAUAUUAACAACAAAAUGCAAUAGGCCAAUGCAAUGGCAGAUGCCUUGGUCUAUUAAUUGCUGGCUGACAUAAUUAUUAGUUGAUAUAUGUUUAUUAGUCAACUGUUGGAUGAGUACCGGUCGAGUCUUGGUCAAGCUGACUGAGUAUAGACUGAUGUAUAGGCCAUGCCCCAGCGACCAGCUUGUCUAGUAUCGACCAAUACCAUGGAUCAAGCCACCUAUAUAUGAGACACAUGAUACACACGCGACGAGAUUAUAAACUCACUUCGCUCACGGCCUUUGGCCCUGUAUCUAGAACAUUCCCUAUAAGAUGAAAAUAGCCUGUGAUUUAGUAACUGAUAAAUCUGGUAUCAACCUCAGCCGAUAUUUGUAACAAGGAAUGUCCACCGCGUGUCAUUUUACAGGUACCUUGUAACAAAGGAAAAACUCUUGGGUACAAAGGUGAUAAAAAAAUGUACAAGGAGUGCAGAUUGUCUACUGACGCACUCUUGGUCACUAAUACAUGUACCUCACUGAUACUUGACCAAUGGUUCGCCGAUACAUUGCCAACACACUACCGAUGCUAUCAUGACCAAAACUAAAAAGACCAACAGAAAGACACCACUUGGCCAAUAUAUUGGCUGAUUCCUCGACUGACAAAGGACCGGUAUAGUAAUCGAUAUAUCAACGUACAGUCUACCAAGAUGUCGGCCUGAUUCAUUGGUCAAAUAUCCGCUGACACCGCCUAUAAGACAAGUGAUCCAUGGUUUAUAAGCUACAUAUUUUAUGGGAUCAGCUUACUUUGAAAGGGAAAAAAAUGUAGCUACUUAAUUCUUGGUACUCUGAAGCCAGGAAUGGCAAAAACUAAUGAUAAGCCUGUUGUCCAAAGACGUCUCCAGGAAAUUUUGCCUGUACAGCCUACAUCUAGCAAAGUAAUGACUUAAUUAAUGGCUUACAGCAUAAUUUUAAGUCAGCACAAAUCCAACAUGUACAGGUUCAAAGUUGCAAGUUCUGUAAAAUAUUUUUAGGAAAGGUGCACUUGCUAGUAGAUGUACAGGAGUAUCCUCUUUAAACUUGUUGUUGUUAUAUCUACAGCCACAUCCCUAUUUAGGAAAUACUAAACUGGUGACAUGACACUUUUUCAUCUUACCAUAAUAUGAGAAAAUGUCACCCAGGCGGAAGAAUGCAUCUUUUAAUGUUUUCCUUACUGUCUGAUGGUAUUUUUUUAACUUCCAGAUUUGCUUGUUUGGGUUAGACAGAUUUUCAUUGGUGACCUUCCUGGAAAACAAUCAACUUGCUUUAAAACACUUGUUUCUAAAAGAAUAUCAAAGUGAUGACAAAGUUGUUGUUUACACAAAAGACCAACUGUUCAAUUAUCUGCACUAUGCCCAUGAACAAGUAAGUCCCAGCCAACGGUAGUUGUGAUUAAGAUACAUCUUUGAAAAUAGGUGACACUAAAAAUUAUGCCCUUGUAAUACACUUUCAUCUGAGUCACAUCCUUGUCACAACUUCUUGUCUCCAACUGACAAAAUGUUUUGCCUUUUGCCAGUGCUUCGGAAAAUAUGCAAACUAUAUGGGCAUAAAUUUUCUUGUUAAAAGGUAAACUUGUGAAACAAUAAAUUAUUGAGAAAAAUAACAAGUCUACUGAAAGUUGACACAUAAAUUCUUGGUACACUCCAUCCGAGGGAAGUUAUAUUAAUAUAGUCAUCUAACUUACGUGUUGUUGUUGUUGUUGUUUUUAUCACUUGACAGUAUUAUCAAGUGCAAAGCAUUCCUCUUGGCACGUAUAACUACACACACAUGAAUCAUUCAGAGCCACCAAGAGUUCAGUUAUGUUACAGUUACUAUACAGUCAAAGGAAAAGAAAGCAACCCAUUCGCAUUAACUGAUCCUGUUGUAGGUGGGUGUAGCAGAAUUCCUUUCGAGGGGAUUUUUGAGGUUGUGGAAAACCUUUCAUACUUGGCAAAGUCUGUUCACAGUCAAGAUUGGUUUUGUUCAAUGAAAAUGUUUGGAAAAUACAAACAGUUUAACUCAGAAAAUGAUCAUGUUGUACAACAUUUGUGAUAUUCCACUUUCUGUAAAUAAUUGACAAUUUGGACAAGGUUGAGCAAAAUAUCGUGAUAUCUGAGACACUGACAAAUCACGAUAUUUUGUGAUAACCGAGUUUAUUGUUUUUAUUAUUGUUCGAUCACAAAUCACUCUUUGAAAGGUCAGUGAAGCAAUCUGCCAUUUUCACGCAAGAGUGAUCACAAGAAGGAGAAAGCGUGGUUUCAUUCACACAUGAGAAGAAUAUAAUUUGCAGCCAAAUACAGUUGGAUAACACUGUGCAUUUAAGCAGACCAUUAUUUGCAGGCAAUUAUUUGCAGAUUGUGUGGUGGGCUUUUGGCCAAUGAAAAGGGAGAGAAAUUUGCAUCAAAUGAUAAUGUUAUACAUUCAGUGAACAAUGUUGAAGAUUGAUGUCAAUUAGAAUAUUUUUGGUAUGGAGAAGUUAGUAACUACAUCUUAAGUUGAUUUGUUUACUUGUUAUUACAGAUUGCCUCAAUUUGCCACAUCCUGUCAAACAUGUCAUAACAAACAAAACCUUCAAUUUAGAAAGGUGAGACCCUGUUACCAUUGUUAAGUACCAAAAUUAGUAGGAGGUUUAAUUGGUAGUUGUGCUGCUGUGACCUAACCCAAUCCUAACAACUUCUCUUGUUCCUGCUCCUGCAUCUGCAAAGUAAACCCAGUGCAAAAAAUGGAUCUAAAGUCCAUAGGUUUUAGCAAAAUCGUGCCAAAAAAAUCUUACUUAACUAGUAUAUAUAUACGAAUGUAGUUUUUGUUACUUUUUAUUCGUUUUGCUGUUGCAGUAUUAUUUUCAUUGUUACUGAUAGAUGUUUUCAAACUUUUAUUUUUUUUAGGCUUCGUAAAAUUCGUAUGAUGUUCUCAUUACAAACAGUGAACUUGAAAGACGUUAAAGCCUGGGACAAGCCUGCCUGCUAUAAACUAAGUGUUACAGUGAGUUUUAAGCUAAUCAUCAAAAACAUAUUUGGGAAUCAAUGUUUGUGAGCCUGGUGGGAGCUAGUUCACAGAACUGCAGAAGGAGGUUAACUUAGAAUGCAUACCAUUAUAUAGCAAUUUUCACAUCUGUAACAAGCCUGACUCCUCAUGUGUCAUCACAGGAAACUGUGGGGAUGGUGGUGGAGGGGGGCAGCAUAGCACACCUUUACUUGUAGCUUUUCACUUACUUUGACAUGGCACAGGUAACCAACCUGAAAUUCUAAGCAGGGAUCAUGAUUUGGAUACCAAUAACAGAAUUGUGAUCACUUAUUUUGUCCUUUCCUGUUUUUGUUUUUUAGAUUUUGUUUGAUAAUGUAGAUCAUGAUGGAAGAAUGCCAGUUAAAUUGAGCAUGAACAACACUUGGUUAGAUUGCAAAAAUGGGGAAAUAAAGGGAUCGAAUACCAUGAGUGAGUCGUACAUUAACACAUACACACAUACUGACAUAUGGUGAAAAAUGUUAGUUUUAUAGGACACAUGCACCUGAAUCUCUGUAUGCCUUAAUUAUGACUUGCUUGUUAAUCUCAGUUUUACUGAAAGGGGCAUUGCUUUGUAGACUGCAAAACAGUCCGUAUUUUUGCGUAUUCAAGUACGCGCGAGCAGUCAAACAAAAGGUCUGGAAUGAGGCUGAAAACAGAGAGCGAGACUGGGGAGAGACGCUAAAAAUACGGACUGUCCGUUUUGCAUACGUUAUAUUCGUUCGAAUUACCCGCUUCUCCCAGCCACGGGCAAUUCCCAUUGGCUAAAUUUCGAUGCAAGCUGUCACCAAGCUGUCAAGUAAUGUUUUCAACAAGUCAUUCACGUUGUUCCCUACCGUGAUGAAUUGCUAAAGAUUUCGCUGUGAAAUGACGGAGGAUGUUGAUCGCCUGGAUUUACUCGCAAGAAUUGGGAUUAGUUUUAAAAACGGAGCAGAGGGAAGCUUUGGAGUUGCUACUCAGGGGAAAGGAUGUUUUCUGUGUUCUACCAACAGGAUUUGACAAAAGCCUUACUUAUCGGAUGUUUGUUCAUGCACAGAGUUCUUCAAGUUCCGUGCAACGGCCAACCGUCAUUGUUAACUCGCCUGGCUAAAAAAGCGGGAUCGGUAGGAAACACACGACUUUUACCUCACGCAAACAUGCCGCUUGUUCUAAUGAAUUGUUUUCUCUGUCGAGUAGAUUAUGCUUUGGAGGAAAACGUUUUGACUGAGCAAAUGUGAAUUUUGGCCGCUUAUUAAAUAUAUUUCAUACUGAGAGGUCGUGACACGCAUAUUGAUUUCCUCUGGUCGGCAUGAUUUGCCCUCUGACUCAAGAGCAUUUUCUUUCUUGGCCCCUUUAGAAAUGUAAAGCUCUUCAUUGCGGCUGAUUAAGGGUUUUAGGUUGUUUUAUUUCUCCGAAGUGCCUCCUGGAUUUGAAUAAUUUGAAGCGAUUUUCUUUGUGUCCGUGAAUGUGUCUUUUUCCUGCAAUGUUUUGUCACGCUAGCUGGGCCCAGCUCGUUAGCGUUUUUGGCAGGAUUUUAAAUUCUCACAGAUAGCUAGAUAGUAAUUUACAGAGCUAAAUCACCAAGAUGUGGAUUGGAAUGAGGAGAUUUACUCAUUCUUUUCAGUCGCAAUAAUUGUUCAUUGUCAGUUGGCGUGUUCAGUUCUUCUCUAAUUUGCGAAAGCAUCGCCGUGCAGUUUCCCGGGGCAAUUUCUAACCGUUGUUCCGCACGGAGAGCAAACUGCUCUUGUGGAGAAAUAUUCUCCUUCCUCGAGGACAACGAAAAAGUUCGUUUUUCAGUAGGUCCACCCACAUUGGUAACGCUUCCCCUUUUCUGGUAGGCGCAACAAACACAUUUUCCCAGCUUAUCCAUCCAUUCGUAAAAUUGCCGAACUGUGUUUUGAAACAACAGCCGCACAACAAUUUGUCCAAAGCCCUCGGCUCUUUUCGGCUUUCUCCCUCUUCGAGGAGCAGGCACAGGCUUUGUUGUCGUACUGCCACUUCCACUCAUUUUUGAUCCUCCACUAUAUAUACUACAUUUCACUAUAUACACUACAUUUCACAGAGAAGCAACGCUAAAAACUGCUUUAGGAUUACUGGAUUACAGCGUCAAGAUUCGAAGCCACACGCGCUAUAAUAACACGCUAGUCUAUCAAAUUCACAAAGAGGGCGGAGUUGCGAACAGAUUUUUGACAGCUCGACGACAUUUUUGAACCCCCUGGUCGGAACGAACUCAUUGUAUGGAAAACGGACAGUCGGUUUUUUUUCUCUGGGCGUGUGAGGCUCGCGCGCAAGACUCUUACGCCACACUUUACCGAUUUCUUUACUGAUUUUGAGAAAAAAACCGACUGUUUUGCAGUCUAAUUGCUUUGUUGUGGUCAAAUUUUUUUAUUCGCUGCCCUACUUUUUUAUUUUGCUUAACUGACCUGGGUACUGUCACUGACAUUUUUAUUUCCAUCCAAUAAUUUUGUACCAGUUUAAAAAUAAUAUUGUACUAGUACAAAGACAAUUUGUACCAUGAGCAAAAUUGCAUGAACCACAACAUAUACAGAAGCUGGGGGUAAGGCAUUCCAAACUGGGGCAGUUAUAACAGAAAAAGAGAACUUGUGCACAUUAAUGUCAUACAAAAAGCAUUGUUACUGAAAUGGGUGUUGCACGCUGGCUCACAUGACGUGCGGAGAGACUGUCUCACGUAGAUCGUUAGGAAAAAGUAUUUUAACAUUGCCUGUUUGGAUCUUUAAAACGUUAUAGAUUCUUAAAUAUCAUGGAAGUAAUAAUAUUGUUGCAUGUGGAUCUUUUGUAGAGGUACACUUCAUAAAAACAGCUUUGGUGGUAUUUGACGUGGUUGUCAUAUCCAUGUGUUCACUUUCUCUUGUGUUAUGUGGACGAUCAAUUUACAGAUCUCUCAAGUUAGCCAAAGUAAGUUGGUAGAAGGAUAUAAACUAGUAUCUGGGAAAAUCAGCACAAUACAUGUAUAGCAUUCUGAAAAAAAUUUAAUGAUGUGGCAAAACUAACAAGCAUCUGAAGGAUAUGGAUGCCAGCCACUAAAACUUGUCAACUCCCCCCCCCCACACACACACACACACACACACUCACACCCACCCACCCACCAAAACACCACUAGCGUGUUCGGCUGUAUCUGUUCAACAGAGGUGUGAGGUUCUCAAAAUUUUGUGGCUUUUGGUUGAACAUGUCUCAAGUUUUGUGUGUGUUAUAUGAUUAAGACUUUUAUAAGCGUUUGAUUUUGUAUGCCAUUUUUGUGUUUGUUUUGCGCCAAUGAAUUAUGCAACGAGGGACCUGAAAUAUGUUUGAUAGCAAACAAUUUUUAUCUUAAUAAAGGAAGUUGCCAAGUUUUUCAAGCAAGACACAAGCCUAGAGGAAUUCACUUUCUCAGAUUACCAAGAGUUUGUCAGCUUAUGGUUUUUUGUCAUCAUGACAAGUGACAGCCUCACAAUUAUUGGCUCAAUAUACAAGAUGGUCAUCGAUCAAAGGGUGAGAUUACUUAAAAGGCUGAUUUUUAUUGUACUUCUCAUUUCUUUGCCCUUGAGUUGUAUCAAGGAAGUUACCUUUUAACCCUCCUCCCCCCACCCUCAUCAAGCGUUCCUGAUGUCUUCAACAAUUUUUUUGAAAAGUCAGUAGCACCUAGAAUGCUUCCUGGUAUCCACAUUCGUCAAGAAAUUACAUGGUCAACUUAAGUUUUCCUAGAGUGUACUCAGACAUUGUUUUAUUUUUCUUCUCAAAAACAUCGGUGAGCGUGUGGGUGAGGCAAGCGUUUGAGUGAAGCGAGUGAACAGGAGUCAAGGCAAGAACUAGCACAGAGCAUGAGAAAAACAAUUUUCUUCUCCCCCCACCCCUACCCUCUUCCACUGGCAGUUGAUGAAUCCCCCAUGCUUUUAUUUUUUAUCACGCACACUUGACAGACUUUAAAAAUAGAGGUUCUGUGAACAGACAAAAGUUUUCCAAAUUACUUUUGUAAUGUCUUUUAUUCCAGGAUAGUGAUUACUAUAAUGCCUGCAGCAUUUUCCUUGGAACAGCAGUGCUCUUGGUUUGGAUUGGUCUUCUGAGAUUCCUGGGAUACUCCAAGAAAUAUAAUGUAAUGCAUUUUCGUUACCAACAAGCUGUUGAUUACUAGUUCUAAGCUAUUGUUUUCCCCUCUGUUUAAAAUUUAUCUCUUGAGAAUUGCAAAGAUGACCCCCUUGUACAUCUACAGCAUACUAAACAGCGCAACACUAAUGCACUGUUAUUACAGAGUAACUUUCAUUUGAAUAACAAGAUAAGUUUCACUGAUUUUUUUUUAAUUAUCACAAUAAAUGAAUUUUUUUUUUUUUAAUUACAGACCUUUACUUGCAAAGCAUUAGACAUCCUUCUAUUCGUUUUCUCAUAUCUGUAUUUGAAAAAGGGGCAAACUGGAUCAGCAAGUCAAUGAGAAAUGUUAUUAGGUGGUGGGGUGGGGUUGGGAAGCUUGCCCAUCUGUCAUCUGUCCUCUCCCCUCCCCCCCCCGUUUUUGCUUUGUGCUUCGCUUUAUUUUGUUGUAUUCUUACCAGUAUGCAAUGAGAAAAUCAAAGGGCCAUGAUCAUGACAAUCUAGCUAAACAGUAUUGUUGUUUCAGGUUCUUUUGGUGACAUUAAAAGCUGCCACUCCAAGUGUACUCAGAUUCUUUGUUUGUGUGUCAUUGUUGUUUGUUGGUUUUAUGCUGUGUGGCUGGAUUGUACUUGGACCUUUCCAUCCCAAGGUGAUUAUUACAGUCAGUAUGGUUAUCAUCAACACAUCCAAAGACUGACUGACUGAUGACAUGUCAUUGUUUUUCAAGUUCAUUCACUGACUGACUGACUGACUGACUGACUGGUGACUAAUUGAUUACUGACUGACUGACAAAUGACUGAAUGACUGACUGACUGACUGACUGACUGACUUGACUGACUGACUGACUGACUGGCUGGCUGAUUGACUGAAUGCUUGACUUCUUGACUGCUUAAUGGAUUGACUGACUGACAGACUGAUUGACUGGCUUAUUGAUUGGCAACUGACUGAGUGACUGUCUAACUGACUGGGUACCUGACUUCGUGCCGUUACUGAAUGACAAUACGAGCGACUACUGACUGACAAAUUAAUAACCUUUCAAAAACAAAAUAAUAUUCUAUUUAAAAGAAGUAGCAGCUGCUGCAGUGUAACUCAUAUCCACUGCCGAUUAUUUCAUCAGCUCCGAGUUAUUCAAAACACUGAUAUCUCAACAACCUCUAUAUAAUUGGAGUACUGGUAGUGUUUUAUCCACGAUAAAUUCUUCAAUCACAUUCAUCCUUUGAAACAACCUGGGCUUGGUAGAUAGAAGGAAGGAGUAGGAUAGCAAAUAUGCCAUAGCAUUGUAGAAGGUUACGUGUUUUCUUGUUCUUUUCUUUUUUAGUUUAAAACACUCACUAUCACUGCCGAGUGCCUGUAUUCCAUAGUUAAUGGAGAUGACCUGUUCAACACUUAUGCUAAAAUAAAAGAAAUGAAGACACCCACCAUAACAUGGAUCUUCAGUAAAAUCUACCUCUACAUCUUCAUCGCACUUUUCAUUUACGUUGUACUGAGCUUGUUUAUUGGUAUCAUUGGAGAUACAUAUGAAAGACUGAAGGUCAGUGAACUUCACACUUCCCUAUGGGCGUUAAAUAUUAAUUAACGUUCUUUUUUGAUGUAUCAUACACAAAAACUGAUCGAUAUCACUACCGAAUACACAAUUGUUUAAUUCUUGUGCCCAUAAAGCUUUUGUUUGCGUAAAUCCUUUGAAAUUGCUAAACUUAAUAAGUGUACAACCGUCCCCCACCCCCCCCCCCCUUUUCCCCCACCUCUGUGUAGAAGCACUGAAAUAUAAAUAGUCCCCCUACUCCUGACAUCUCUGGAAAACCCCUGCAAUUUCAGUAUCGUAUUUGAUGAAUCAGGAGUAGGUCAGUGAAAAUAGAACGAAUCCUUGAUUUUUUUUCUUCGCUCGAGAAUUUAAAAAUGGAUUUGAUUACCCGUUAUGCUUGUGUUUUGGGUCCUGAAAUAUUCUUAGUAUUUGUAUCCUGGAAAACUUGGAUUUCAGGAACAAAAAUCCUGUACUCAUGUACUCUGCAGCUCUACAAUGCUUACACUGGUUCACACCCUUUUGUCAUUUGUAUUAACAAAGUUUACCCUGUUUUGUUUCUUGCAUGUUCUGUUUUUUUCGCACAGGAUAUGGGCCAUCUUCCAGAAACAAAGGUAGAGAAAUUCUUGCACGAACCAGCAAAUAUUGGUAGAUCUGUUAAUCAAGGGGAGUAUACUUCAAUACCAUCAUCAGCCGAGGCUGUUAGUGUACCUUCUCCUCCCAGCCAAAGAAAAACGACUCCUUACGGGUAAGAAUGAUUAUAGACUCACACCUUGUAGACUUUACUGGUCCACCGGUUACCAGGCGUUUCGAUACAAGUAGUUUUGAUACAAGGUUAUUCAGUCGAGGUGUAAAUAGUGUCACGUCAUUAGCUUCAAGAACGAAGAAUAUUCACCCAAAAUGUUUUUCUUAUUCACGCGCAAAUUAUACUCGAAGUGAACGAAAUUUUUGGGCAAUUUCAUAGCUUCAGGUUGUAUAGAAAAGGCUAGUUUCCGGUCCACCUUAUAUCAUGUGCAUGUCGAUGUCACUUUGCAAUACUAUAGCUCUAAAUUAGGGUAAUUAAAAAAAACUUCAUUAUGAUAAACAAUAAAUCAAGCACCAGUACUGUUCGCGUUAAUUACAAAUCAAAUGCGUCCUUAAAAAGAUAAGUCUAUAACUUAGUUUUAAAUAUGGUUACUGAUGAUGAUUGCCAAAUGUCCGAUGGUACAUGUAAUAUGUUCCAUCAGGAGAACGCGACGCUUUAUGUGCUUUGCUCCAUAAUUUCGGUCCUCUCGUCAGUUUAUGUAGCCUGCGAAAACAUCCGUUUCUCCUCACUCUUCGCUUUACGUCCUCAGCGGCGAAGAGCGAGGAGAAACGGAUGUUUUCGCAGGCUACAGUUUAUAUCGCGAUACCUUUUCAGACUUGCAACGGACUCAUCGAGCAACUCGUUGACAGAAUGUACCGUUUAGUCUAUAUCGUAGUCUGAUUGAAUAGAGUCAGGAUUUUUCUCGAAUUUACCGAUGUGUGUAAACCCCUUCCAAUUUAAAUUCCCUAAAUGUAGUAUGUCUGGGAAUAUUUCUGAAUCCGGAAGAAAUUUCCCCUCGCGUGUAAUGUACCCGGCAUGUAGCUUAACAGAUGAUAAAAGACAACAUGCCUUGCAACUAGUAAAUCCUGGGACAAACGAUUGUAAAUACACACUUAUAGAAAAAUGAAAAAGCUAUUUUCUUUGACGCUGUUACAAAUUUCAAUGGAAAACCUACAGACCUUUUUUGUAAAAUUAGCCAUGUCUGAUCUAGUUGGCGUUCAGUUCGGGUCCACUCCUCUUCUCAUUUUUCAUUUUCUUUUUCAUUCUUCCUUUUUUUUCGUUUUGUUUUUUGUUUUCGUUUUCAGAAGGAGUCGUUCCAGUGGAACGCAAGAUCCCAUGAUGAGAAUUGUGUCCAUUGACUCAACAGGAGUAGAAUAAAUCAUGAACCAGGAAGAGAGAAUCUCAGCAUCGAUUGUCUUCUCUACUCCGCAAAUCAAAGAUCGACAAGUUAGUGAACCAUAUGCAAAUUCAUACAGCUAGGGAGAACAUCGAUAAACAUCCCCCAGAAUUCGCGAUUCUCCUCUUCAGGUUCACCCCUAAUUAGCUGUCGUUUUUGAAAGUUUCGUAAUAAAAUGGAAUAUUGUUUCCAGAAGUAUGUAAAUAAAUAUGCAGUGAAUAACGAGAGGGGAAAACCUGUGCAAAACAGUUCAAAUACAUUGUGUAUAAUUUAUUAAUGUUAUCGGAGCAAGAGCGGUCAUGUAAAAAUAUCUUUUGACUUGUGAUUCAAUGAAUAAUACGAAAUGUGUUGCAAACACCGCUUUAAAUGGGCACAAAUAAAGGAUUUUUUAUAGUUUCACGUUUUGUUUGGAUUUUUGUCGUAUUCGAUCA